UGAAAAAAUAUGGCCGAUCUGUGAACCGCUUGGGUAACUUAUGCUUCUUUCGUCUGCACGCGCACACACCAGCGAGAAAGCUAUUUUCUUUGGGGGUCUAUGAAAAGAAUGCCGAUGAAGACGGGAGACGGAGAUUCGAGCGGUAUUCCAUCCAACGUCCCUGCGUUUUUAGUGAAAUUGUGGAAGCUGGUUGAAGAUCCACAAUACGAAGAGCACAUUUCAUGGAACAAGAAUGGAACCGGAUUCCUGGUCCACGAUCAGGCUACGUUUGCACGCGAAAUCCUUCCCAAGUAUUUCAAGCACAAUAACUUUGCAAGCUUCGUUCGCCAGCUGAAUAUGUAUGGGUUUCGAAAAGUCAUUGGUGCUGAGCAAGGAGGUCUGCGAUCAGAGAAGGAUGAGUGGGAAUUUUUUAAUGGAAAUUUCAACAAGUAUCAUCCUGAAUUGUUGGAGAAUGUCAAGAGAAAGGCUACACCAGAAGAAAAGAAAAUGAAAAAUGAGGAUGUGUCUAAAGUGUUGAAUGAUGUGCAAGACAUGAAAGGAAGACAGGAUGAAAUGACCAUGAAGCUUGACCAAAUUAAGAGGGAAAAUGUGACCCUGUGGAAUGAGCUGGUAGAGUUGAGACAAAAACAUCAAAGGCAACAGCAGAUUGUCAACAAGCUGUUCCAGUACCUGAUGCGCCUGAUUUAUCAAAAUGAUAAGCUCAUGAAUAGGAAAAGGUUGAUGCUCCAGGACAGUACGGAGGAGCAAUCUUCUUCUUCCUCUUCUUCCAAGAGAGGACGAUAUGAAUACAGAGAUGGGUCUGGACCCAGCAGUGGGCAGCCUCCACCAAGCUACACUGCACAGAGACCAAGCACUCAGACUCUCACAAUCUCUGAUAUAUCAAAUGCUCCUUCAUCAAGUCUUGGACCUUCUACGAGUGGGCCACUAAUAACUGCUUUACCAGAUGAUGACACCAUCUCACAUGCCAGACCGGUCAUUAGAUUCCCGGAGGAGUCUGUACCAUCAUCACAGCCUAUUGUGUCUAGUCCAGUGUCUACAUCAGCAACACCAUCUUACCCACAAGCCUCAGUUGUACACGCACAGCCAUCAAUGGGUGUGGUCACUUUUCCUGAGGAGCAGACACCGACACCUGUUGUGCACCCAUCACAUGUGAUAGAGCCUCAACAGUACGAUGAGCGUCAUCCUAGUUUAAGAAAUAUUCCUUUGACGCAGCGACUGUCUCAGGAAGAUAUCUCAGAGAGGAAUUACAUUGGUGAUCAGGUGGACUACAUUUCACAGAACCUUGACAACAUCCAGUUUCAACUGGCAAAUCACUCUAUGGUGUUGGAUAAUAGCUUAUUCUAUGAUGUAUUUGGCCAUGAAGGGGUCCCUCCAGGCCAGGAUCCCCUGGAUCUUUUAGCUGACCGGGCUGCAGCAAGUCCUCUUCCAGGCGUUGGCCACAGUCCAUCACAAGGUCACGAGCUCGUGCAGUAUGGAAUGCAAGGAUCUGGCGCUAACAGCGGCUCUCCCCGGGGACCCCCGAGGUCCAGAGAACGUGAGGACCAAUACGGACGAAGAGAGUGGCCACAAGGACAACAGCAUCCUGAUUAUGACGUUGUGCAACACCUAUUUAACGGUUGAGACAUUUUGAAUGAACGUUCUUAACCGUAUAGCUCUUAACUUGAUUUUGGUGAUGGUUUUAAAAGUGUAGUAUUAUUUCAUUGCAUUGGUUAUAAGCUAAAGCUCUCUUAUUUUAGUCGAUAUUUUUUGUCAGUGUUGAAUUGAGCAAAGCUGAAGAGAUUUCUGUUGACUUUCACACUGCGGAUGAGAGCCUUAUGAACCAAUAAGACUUGAAUGACGUUCAAUGAAAAGCGCGGGAAAUGUCGCGGGGCGCCGGCCACGAAAAACACCACAAGCCAAUCAGAGCUUGAAGUGGCGAAACGGCUGCCGGUGAAAAGCGCGGGAAAGUCGCGUUGGGUUUUACUUGUGAUUGCUCUGUUUGGUUACGGCUUAUUUUGUCGUUAACCAAUCACUAAGCUUAGCUAUCGCAAAAACAGCAAACACAAUAACUUCUCGAAAUCGCCGGAGAACCGCACCAUCGUUUAUUCAACUAUUAACGAGAUUAUAACCUUGUAAUCGCACUUAAUAUUUUUAAAGCAUUGUAUAAUAGAACAAAAAUUACAAGUGUAACUCAGCCAUAACUUUAACUAAUUAAAAUUAACAGGAGACCAUGACCUAUAGUAGGCAAAUUGUAGUAACGAAACUUUAAAAUGUAUUAACUUGUAUAUUAUGUUAAGUACAAAUGACAUUUUAGGACCUCGCAAAAAGAAAAAAACAGUAAGCUCUUUAUAUUCAAGAGGUAGGCUUUUUAAUGAUUUAAGGGGUUGAACUUCUGCUCGUUAGAACGAGGUGUGUAGUAAAAAUAAAAAAAUAAAAAAAUAAAUAAAGUAUCUAAGUAAAAUGGUA